UCACAAAGUUCAUCUCAGCAAGUAUCUGUUUCACCUGCAACACCAUCAUCUCCUUUGACUCCGAUGUCAUCUCAGCAUCAACAGCAAAAACAUCAUCUGCCACAACCUGGGUUCAGUAGAAAUCCUGGUUCUAGUGUGACUAGUCAAGCAGUGAAGCAACGACAACGGCAGGCACAACAGAGGCAGUAUCAACAGCCUGCGAGGCAGCAUCCUAAUCAGCCACAGCAUGCACAGGCUCAACAGCAGGCUAAACUUUUGAAGGGAAUGGGAAGAGGAAACAUGUUGAUCUAUCAGAACGAUUCUGUUGAUCCUUCUCAUAUAAAUGGAUUAUCUGUAGCUUCAGGAAGCCAACCUGUUGAGAAAGGUGAUCAAAUCACGCAAAUGAUGCAAGGUCAAACUUUAUAUCCUGGAUCUGGUUUAGAUCCAAGCCAACCACCCAAGCCACCAGUUUCUGCUCAUCCUUCUAAUAAUUGCCAAUUGCAGCAGAAGCUACAUUCUGGAUCAACCAGCUCUUCAUUGAAGCAACAUAAGCCAUUGGCAUCUUCUUCUGACAGUCAUAUAGCUACAUCAACACAGCCUGCUGCUGUUGCUCCCAACCAUCACCAACUGCAGGUGCAAUCUCAGACACAGUCUAAGCAAAUUAAUCAAACGCAACCAAAUAUUCAGACGACAUUGCAACAUAAUUGUCAGGGGCAUUCUGAGUCAUUAAGUGCAUCUCAACCUGAUUCACUUAAAAUUGAUCAACAGCCUGGAAAUAGUGCUUCUCAAGUCAGUACAAGCACCUCAAUGUCUCAAGGUUCUAUGGAUUCAGCUAGUGUGUUAGCAGUUGCUCAUACCGCGUCUUCUCAGUGGAAAUCAUCAGAACCACCAUUUGGUUCCCCCAAUCCAGUUAUUCAAGUGAGCUCUGUGGAGGGCACAUCUGUUGGAAAUUCAGCUGCAACUGAGUCAUUGACUGUUAAUCAGGGGCAGGACCCACGGCAGUCGUCGGCUAACUUGCCUUCUCAUGCACGUAAUUCCGGGCCACAGUGGCAGCAUCAUCAGCCUUUGCUCCGUCUUCUCACAGAACCAAACACUUGUGUUCCAGAGAGAAAAAGAAACAGCACUGAACAAAGUGGUGUUAAUGUUGAUGGUAAUGUUUUAGCUGCUUCAAAUGUUAAUAACUCUUCAGUGAAACUCAUGAACCGUGUUGAUGAUGUUGUUCCAACAAGUUUACAUUUUUCUGACUCUUCAACUCUUCUGAAUCAAAACCAAAAUCAAAACAUGUUUCCCAAUUGGGGUGCUACUCAAAUCAACAACAACAACCCUUCAGUUUCGCUAGUUACUUUACCUUCACAACCACUUCCACAUCAACAUGGCUCAAUGCAUGGCUUCAAGCCAUUCCAUGUCAGAACCUGCAAAGUAGCAAUAAUCAGCAGCAGGGAAAUGGUUUACAGGAGUUCAGUUCAUCAUCAUUCACAAUGUGGUAGCAACAAGUAUAUUCAUUAUGGAUGUCAUCUUACAUCAUACCUAACCACAUCAAUAACAAAUCUUACAAAUAAUGGCAGCACAUAA